UACAAUGCAGUAGUGAGAAAGCAUUCCAGUCUUUGCCUUCCUCAAGAGAAAGCAACUGAAUUACGAACAAGAAACAUGCCCACCAGCCACAGCUUCCACAACAGGUCCUCUCUUCUCUCAAAGAUAAGGAGUCAAGGCCAGCCACACAAUCCUCACGUGAACAAAAGAGAGGAUUUACCUAAAAUGUGGUUGCCAGCAGGCAAGAGGGACAAUCACUGCCCCGUCUGUUUACAGAUCGCCAGCUAUCCAGUAGAGACGAACUGUGGGCAUCUAUUCUGUGCGCCAUGUCUGAUAUCUUACUGGAAACAUUGCUCCUGGUUAGAUGCCAUCAGCUGUCCUUUGUGCAGACAGACGGUGAAUAAGAUGUGCCAUCUCUUCAGAGAGACCAGAACUGACUGUAAAGAGACAGAAGUGCUCAAACAUGUCAGAGACUAUAACAAGCGCUACUCCGGAGCACCAAGACAGGUGAAGGACUACCUGUGCGAUACACCCCUCUUCCUGCUCUUUCUGGUGCGAUGGCUGGGGAACAUGGGCGGCCUGGUGUGUCUGUUUCUCUUGAGGGUGGCAGUCUGUGGAUUUGGUGCUGCCAUGUCUUUGGCCUCCCCACUGGAGACUCUUCCUGGGCCACUGAGCAGUGUGCUGGGCACGCUGGAUGAUUUUGUAGUGGUCUUCCUUCUUAUCAUUUGCAUUAUCAACAUCAACCAGCAGAUGGGGCCGCAGAGGACAAGAACACACUUGGUCACGCAGGGUGUGCUGACAGACACAUUGUAGAGGACAGUGAUGGUGUGCUUACUAGCAUGUUGAAAUUACACUAAUCAACCUUGUUGGCAAAGGUUAACAGUGUUAUGGUCUGCUGCACUUUGAUCUUAUUGAACAUGGAUUUUCAAUGAUGGUGUCUAGAAUAGACAUACAGCACUAAAUGAGAUGAGUGGAGUUCUUAUGUUUUAAAAACAGAAAUUUAAGGUGUUUUAUUAAAGACAGAUUGUAUAUAAUAAAUGUAAAGUGGUUUUGUAAAUACUG